GCUUUACUAAAUUUCAUGCUUACUGGUCAAAAUUAGGGCUCCAGAAUUGUCCCCUGUUUUCUUCAAUCAGACUCAUCAACUGCACCAAAUUAAACCUAAUCGGACAAAAUCAUGAAGAAUCGAAGCUCAAUUAACGACGAGGUAAACAAGAAUGAGAAGCUUAAAAGCUCAAAAUCCGUAAACAUGAAAAAGAAGAACAUGACGCGAUUAGGAGGGCGUGGGCUUUCUCUUGAAGUGUUUGCUAAUGUAAAAUCAACGAGCAGUCACCACAAUCCCGCAAUUAAAAAGAAGCAGAGAGAGUUUUACAAGAAUGCUAAAUGUGUGAACCAGUAUAGGAAAAAGAUAAAGCAGCAAAUUCAACCCAAUGAUUUGUCUUCAGCUGUUAGACCACGGGAGGGUACUAAGGAAACUGCAGAACCUAGUAAAACGAUCAAUAAGAAUAAGAACAAGCAGAAGCACGGUUUGAGAGAAUUAUAUGAGAAACAACGUGAAGAGAAAGAGAAUGCGAGAAUUGAGAGGGAGGCAGUUUUCAAAGCGAAGAAAGAAGAAAGAGAAAAGGCUGAAGCUCGUAGAAAAGCUGAAAGAGUGAAGAUGUUCAAGAAAACCCGACAUGGUCAGCCUGUUAUGAAGUAUAGAAUUGAGCAUCUUUUGCAGACCAUUCAAGGUUCGAAUUAAUUUUGCAAUCAUAUAAAUCCAAGCAUGGUUCUUAUUGUGGUUUUAUUGCGUGAAACAUGGUAAACAAAAUGAGUUGCUGUUGUAAUAGUUUUGAUGUCUGAGCAAAAAUUGUUCUUUUGUCAUGCUAGAGUAUGCUAUUUAACCUUAACGAGUCGAGAUAUAUUGAUCAUUGAAA